AUGGCGGAAGUAACAGAUUCUGAAACAAAAGACCCAGAGGUCUUGGGGAGUCCUCCACAAACCAUAAGCACUUGUUCUGAAGAUACGAUUGCUCCAGAAAUCAAGGAGCAAGGCUUCCAAAUUGAUCCAUAUAUCAUGGAGAUGGAGACAUGGUCAACUGGUGCACCACUAAUGAGUAGUGGUUUACACACGGUUCAGAGUUGUGGUCCACAAAUGACUGAUCAAUAUUCUGUCGACAUUCACCCAGCAAUGAAUAUCCCUAAUCAAACUUGUGCUGCUCAAUAUUCUGACGACGUGAGUAUUGCAGACGUUAUAGUUUCUCAGAGUGCUCAACAAGCGGUUCAGGGUUGUGGUCCACAAAUGACUGAUCAAUAUUCUGUCGACAUUCACCCAGCAAUGAAUAUCCCUGUGAGUGCGCAACAAACCAAUCAAACUUGUGCUGCUCAAUAUUCUGACGACGUGAGUAUUGCAGACGUUAUAGUUUCUCAGAGUGCUCAACAAGCCAUUGACAUUAGGACUCCGCAAAUGAGUGCUUCACGACUGGUGGUAACUAAAGACAUCGAAGAACUUAUUCAAGAUUGUGGAGAUGGUCAUUUGUCACCACACUGUUGUAUCUACAGGGUGCCCAUUAAGCUCCGUGAUCUUAAAAAAAAUGCUUACACUCCAAAAGUUGUUUCCAUUGGCCCCUUUCAUUAUCGCAAUGAGGAGCUGCAAGACAUGCAAAGGCAUAAACAUAUACUGUUCAAAAGGUUUACAAAAAGAACCAAGUCAAGUUGUUGCGAAUUGGUUGAAUUUGUACAACAACUAGAGCCACGAGUCCGUGCUUCUUAUUCAGAUACCAUUGACCUUACUGAAAAAGAACUUGUGAAGCUGACAUUAAUUGACGCUGUCUUCAUCAUUGAACUCUUCAUCAUGCCCCAUUUUCGUGAUGAGGAACCCGAGGAUGCUAAAUUGUCACAGCCAUGGUUAGCGGAUUCUAUACGUCUAGAUCUACUUUUACUUGAGAAUCAACUUCCAUUCUUUGUUAUUGAAAAGCUGUUCAAUGAAGCUUUGCCCCAUGAUCGUCGCUAUGGCCUCCCUUCAUUUCUUGAGCUCACUCAUAACUAUUUUGCGUAUCGCAACAGACAAGAAUUAGGGCCUCAUUCUAGUGUUGAUAUGAAGCAUUUCACAGAUCUCCUUAGAUUGUUUUACAAGAAAAGAAAAACGUCUGAAAGGAAGCCAAACACAGAGGGUAAGGAUGAAUGGACGAGAGUCCCAAAGGAUGGAAGCCGUAUUCUUUUAUACAAUGCGAAUGCAUUGGAAGAAGCAGGCGUAACGUUGAAGGGUGGUGAGAGUGAACACUUAUUGGACGUGGAAUUUUCAGGAAAUAUUCUUAAAAUUCCACAUAUUGUGGUGGAUGAUAACACUGAACUUUUGUUUCGUAACAUGAUAGCAUUAGAACAAUGUCAUUAUCCUGGAAAUGCUGACAUUACUGAUUAUGCUCUCUUGUUGGAUUGGCUAAUAAACACAGAAAAAGAUGUGGAUCUCCUCGUUCGUGAGAACAUAGUUAGGAACUAUUUAGGUGAUACGAAAGACGUUGCCACAUUAUUUAAUGGUCUUUCAGACAAUGUCGUUCAGUCAACUAUCAGUCCUCACUAUUCGGACACUUGCAAAAAAUUGAAUGGGUAUUGUGAAAGGCCUCGGCACAGGUGGAAGGCAACCCUAAGACGUGAUUAUUGUCCUACACCUACGGCAACUGUUGCUUCUGUAUUCGCCUGUUUGACACUUUUUCUAACCAUACUUUCUAUCCUCCAAGCAGCCAUUUAA